GCAGCGGGAGGACAAUGAGAUUGAGCGAGAAGGAGGGCUCCAUCUUGGUGCAGGGAAUUCCCCGGUGCCUCCCGCACCGGAGUGUGAGGGGGAUCGGCGGCGGGUAGUGGUGGUGGUAGCGGCGGGGGAGGGCCGGUGUUGCCAUGUCGGCGGAGGAGGCGCCGCUGAUCGGGCCCGCGCUGCCACCCGGUUACAGGCCGGCCAACAGCAGGGCGCAACGGGCCGAGUGUCCGCGCCGCCCCGCGGCGACCUUCGACCAGACAGUGGUUGCAGGACCGGCAUUGCCUCCAGGAUUUCGGUCAAACAACAGCUCAGACAGCUCGAGUGACGAUGAAACAACGGGCUGUUGCAUUGAUGAGAGGCAGCAAAACUCACUGGUGGAAUUGAGGAAACCUGAUGACUCUGCUGUAGGGGAGUGCAACGGAAAGUCAGGAGACAGGUGCUGAUCAGUCAAGGGACCCAAGCCUGUUGGGAAAGUA